GUGUUGUGUAGCUGGGAAGGAAUGCACAUGUACAGUAAGAUGUAAAAGGUUUAGCAAAUAGGGUUUCCGAAUGAAAAGGGUUACUUGUGGGAAGAAAGUAUAUAACGAAAUCUAUCGACAAAUCUCGGCUUGCAUAAGUGCAGUGGUACAGCACGGAAGUCGAUGGUUUUAUCUCUGUAUGUAUGUAUGUAUAUAUAUAUGUAUAUAUCUACGCAAUUGCUGUUUAAGCGUAUGCACAAGUGAGUAUAAAAGUGAGUGAGUGAGUGAAUGGAUGGAUGAAUGAAUGUGGAACACAGUAAAGACAGUAGGAGAGCAUAAGAGAGACAGAUCAACCCAAGAUGUUAGUUAGAAUAAACACAAGGAAUG